AUGACAGGAUUUCAUCUACAAAAACAGCCUUGCUCAGUAAGACCGAUCUUCAGACAGCUGUCAGCAGGGCAGAACUAAAGCCAGUGACACUCCUUGGGUGUGCACCUCAUUUCUGGUGGUCUUCCCUUUCCACAUCCCAGAGCAGUUGAGAAAGAUGGAAGGGGUGAACCUCAGCCAACGGACUGAGUUUGAGCUCUUGGGCCUCACUAGUGACCCCCAGCUGCAGACACUGCUCUUCGUGGUGUUCCUGGGUAUGUACAUCAUCACGCUUUUGGGAAAUCUGAUCAUGUUCCUCCUGAUCCACGUGAGUGCCACCCUGAAUACACCGAUGUACGCCCUCCUAAAAAGCCUGUCCUUUUUGGACUUCUGCUACUCCUCCACAGUUGUCCCCCAGACACUGGUAAACCUCUUGGCCAAGAGGAAGGUGAUCUCCUAUCUUGGCUGCAUGGCUCAGAUGUUUUUCUACGCAGGUUUCGCCACUAGUGAGUGCUAUCUCACUGCCGCCAUGGCCUAUGACCGCUAUGCUGCAAUUCAUAACCCCCUGCUCUACGCUGUCACUAUGUCUCCUAAGGUCUGUGCCUCUCUGAUUGCAGGCUCCUACAGUGCAGGAUUCCUCAAUUCUCUUAUCCACACAAGCUGUAUCUUCAGUCUGAAAUUCUGUGGUGCUCAUGUGGUCACUCAUUUCUUCUGUGAUGGACCACCCAUCCUGUCUCUGUCUUGUGUGAACACCUCAUUGUGUGAGAUCUUGCUUUUUAUUUUUGCUGGUUUCAACCUUUUUAGCUGCAUCCUCACCAUCUUGGUUUCUUACCUCUUAAUUCUCAUCACCAUCUUGAGAAUGAACUCAACCCAGAGCAGAUUCAAGGCCUUUUCCACUUGUGCUUCCCACCUCACUCUUGUGUGCCUCUUCUAUGGCACAACACUUUUUAUGUACCUACGCCCCAGGUCCAGCUACUCCUUGGCUCAAGACCAAAGGGUUGCAGUGAUCUACACGGUGGUGAUCCCAAUGCUGAACCCCCUUAUCUACUCUUUGAGAAACAAGGAUGUGAAGGAAGCUUUAAGGAAGGUUUGGGGCAGGAAAAUAAUGGAAUGA